AUGGAGCCGUUCUCCUUCGCAAGCUCCGAGUCGCUGGACUACCCAGUGAGCAUCCGCAUCAUUAAUCUUGAGGGCGAUGAGACACCAUUCCUGCACUCUACUCUCUUGGAGAAAGCCGAGCUGAGGCAUAUCGGCUCUAAUACAAGUUCGCAUUCCGACCUCUACAUCACCGUUCAAGUUUGGGCCGGCUCGAAACCACUCACCGUACCUGUCCAGACGGCCUACAAAUCGUUCCGCACCGAGAGAAGGUGGAACGAAUGGCUUACUCUUCCGAUCGACUACUCAACACUCCCCCUGAACUCUUGCUUGGCCAUUACCCUAUGGGACUCGUCGCCCGCUGGCGGCAAACAAGCGAGAGGUCAUGCGAUCCCCUUUGGAGGCACGGCGCUGCCGUUGUUCGACCGAGACAAUCAGGUGCAGAAGGGACGGCAAAAGUGCAUCAUACAUCGACAUAAGAAUGCCGACGGUAACGAUAACACGACUACGCCUGCCGUUCCCCGGAAGAAGAGGGACGCAUCGAGAAAAGGGCCUGCACCGCCUGUGGACAAGGAUGCCGAGGAGUUGGAGCGCAUGGAGAAGCUGUUCAAGAAGCAUGAGAUGGGGGAAAUCCCAAGGGUUGACUGGCUUGAUCAGCUUGUCUUCCGAGGUUUCGAGAAACGGGGUCUGCAGUCAGCAAAGGCAUCCCUGAAAACCAUGCAGCGACAACAAACGGCGAACGGCAAUACAGCUAACGAGAAGGAGAAAGUGGUUGACGAGAAAAACGUUGUCGAUACCGAGACGCACCCGGGCUUUUCCAAAUUCCAACUAAAUGUUGAGCUCCCUCGAUUCGACUUCCCGGUCGUCUUCGCCGAUUUGGAAUAUCCGCCGCCGCCAAUUUCGGCGUUGCAGCACAUGUCAGCAUCACAGUCCAACGUGAUGCUGAAGCCGCCGCCUGAAGUGCAAUUUGGCCCCGGCAUCAACGCGCUUGGUGAUUCAGGCCCAGGCAGUCGCUUCAUGAAGGUGUACGAUCCGGAGGUCGGCGCUCGUGACAACCCGGCCGAGAGCAAACACAGGAGACUCGUCAGAAGUCAACAUCGCCACGGCAUCCUGGACAAAGAUUUGAAACCAAAUGCGAAGGUUCGAGAUGAGCUGAACCUCAUCAUGUCCUAUUCACCCACCCACAUCUUGGCUCCCGAAGAAAAGGAUCUGAUUUGGAAGUUCCGCUACCAUCUUACCCGUGACAAGCGGGCAGUUACAAAGUUUGUCAAGUCUGUCAACUGGCAUGAUCACAGCGAAGCGAAGCAGGCUGUGCAAGUUUUGGGUAGAUGGACCCAAAUCGAAGUCGACGAUGCUUUGGAGUUGCUCGGUCCCACAUUCGACAACCAAGCUGUCCGAGCCUACGCCGUGGAAAGGUUACGCAAAGCGGACGAUCAUGAGUUGCUGCUCUACUUGUUACAGCUGGUACAGGCUCUCAAAUACGAACAUAUCUCGGCCGACUCGUCGCAGGAAGCGAUCCAGGACUCGUCUCUGGCUCAAUUUUUGAUAUCACGCGCAGCCGACAACUUUCUGCUCGGUAACUAUUUCCACUGGUAUGUGAUGGUUGAAUGCGACGACCAGAGUCCCGAGCAAGGACUAGAUAACAGAAACAUCUACCGAAAAGUUGCGUAUGACUUUAUGACGGAGUUGGUCAAGCGCCCUGACGGCGCUGAGACGAGGAAAAUUCUGUUGAGGCAGGCUGAGCUAAUAGCCAACUUGUCCAACCUCUCCAACGACGUCAAGAUCUCGCACGAUUCAAUCGCGAAGAAGACCGAUUAUGUCAAGAAUUGGUUGGCGGAUCCCAAGCACGAAAUUCUCACCAUUGAUCCACCGCUUCCUCUACCACUCGAUCCUACCAUGAGCGUCGUAGGCGUUGUACCGGAGGAAACCAUCGUCUUCAAGUCAUCUUUGUGCCCGAUCAAAGUCACCUUUAAGACUACCACAGGGAAGAAAUAUCCAAUCAUCUUCAAAACUGGUGACGACUUGCGCCAGGAUCAACUAGUCAUCCAGAUUAUCACCCUAAUGGACCAGCUGCUACAGAAAGAAAACCUGGACCUGAAACUGUCGCCAUACAAGAUUUUGGCAACGAGCACUACUGCCGGAGCUUCCCAAUUUGUGCCUUCUGCGAGCUUCCAGAGCAUUGCAUCAAAGUACAAAAACAACCCAGCUUUGGCCUACCUGAAGUCCAACAACCCUGACGAUAGGCAGCCUCUGGGACUACGUCAGGAGACAUUGGACACAUACGUCAAGUCUUGCGCAGGAUACUGCGUGAUUACGUACAUUUUGGGUGUUGGUGACAGACACCUCGACAACCUUCUUCUUGCACCAGACGGUCACUUUUUCCAUGCAGAUUUCGGCUUCAUUCUUGGACGAGACCCCAAGCCUUUUGCGCCGGUUAUGAAGCUGUCCAAAGAAAUGGUAGACUGCAUGGGUGGAGUUAACUCGGAACAGUUCAGGCAAUUCAAGCAGUACUGCUUCCUCGCAUACACGGCACUACGGAAAUCAUCCAAUUUGAUUCUCAAUCUAUUCAGUCUCAUGGUCGACGCCAAUAUCCCCGACAUUCGGCUGGAGCCGGACAAGGCAGUGUUGAAGGUCAGGGAGAGGUUCCAUCUGGAGCUUACAGAGGAGGAGUCUAUGCGUUAUUUCGAUCGGGUCAUCGAGGACACUCUAGGCGCCAUUGCACCGGUGGUUAUCGACAAGUUACAUGAGCUGGUGCAGGCUUUCAGGAAUUGA